GGUGGGGCAGCGGAAGGAUAUCGGGCUGGUUGUCUAUAAAUAUCUCUCCGCAGCUGUUUUCUUUGCCAAAAACAGCUACAUCGUCCGGAGUAGAGCGGCGUAAACACCAUCGGGAACAAUUUGCUUUGUCAAGAUGCAGAUCUUUGUGAAGACCCUGACUGGCAAGACCAUCACUUUGGAGGUCGAGCCCAGCGACACCAUUGAGAAUGUCAAAGCCAAAAUCCAGGACAAGGAAGGCAUCCCUCCAGACCAGCAGAGGCUGAUCUUUGCUGGUAAACAGCUGGAAGAUGGCCGCACCCUCUCCGACUACAACAUCCAGAAGGAAUCCACUCUCCAUCUGGUGCUCCGUCUGAGGGGAGGCAUGCAGAUCUUUGUGAAGACCCUGACUGGCAAGACCAUCACCCUGGAGGUCGAGCCCAGCGACACCAUUGAGAACGUCAAGGCCAAAAUCCAGGACAAGGAAGGCAUCCCUCCAGACCAGCAGCGUCUCAUCUUUGCAGGCAAGCAGCUGGAAGAUGGCCGCACCCUCUCCGACUACAAUAUCCAGAAGGAGUCCACCCUCCAUCUGGUCUUGCGUCUCAGGGGAGGCAUGCAGAUCUUCGUGAAGACCCUGACUGGCAAGACCAUCACCCUGGAGGUCGAGCCCAGCGACACCAUUGAGAACGUCAAGGCCAAAAUCCAGGACAAAGAGGGCAUCCCUCCAGACCAGCAGCGUCUCAUCUUUGCAGGCAAGCAGCUGGAAGAUGGCCGCACCCUCUCCGACUACAACAUCCAGAAGGAAUCCACCCUCCAUCUUGUGCUCCGUCUGAGAGGAGGAAACUAGGCAGCUUCUGAUCAUGUCUCAGUUCCAGUGCUGGAAUCGCUGAUCCUGUUGCCAGUCAUUCCUUUUUCUUUUUUUUAAGUUUCAAUAAAGGUUUAGCAUUCCUGAACUAUGCUUUUAUUGGCUUUAGUUUCACUUUGCAUUUCGUUUCAUUGAGUUUGGUAAAUAUACAAACACAAUGUAAAGACGCUAAAAUCGGAUGCAUGUUUGUGAUUAGUGGUCCAACAUGGACAAGAGUUCACUAGCAGCCUCCAGUUGACAAGUUGGUAGAUCUGAGACCUGAAAUGUAGCUUCUGUUUUUACUAUGACCUUGAAAGCAAAGCAUCUGUGGAAAUCCUGCUGUUGCGUGUUCAUCAUAACUAAUAAACGGCUUCUCACUGUCA